AUGGAUACUGUGUCCAUUAGCUACACCCAUAGAGAGACUGAGCUUGUUCAGUCACCAGCUGCUGCAGCCCCCUCCCCACCCCAAGCAGCUGUAGUUGCAGUGAUCUCCUCAGGAGCCAGACAUGACAGCCUGAGCAGAAUCUUCUCCUUCUCCCUUCCUGUAGCUUCUAAACUUGAUUUUUCUAAAAACUGUAGGAAUGACCAUGUCCGCCAGGACCCAGAGGCCGCUUCUGGCCAGCCCGGCCCCAAGCCCCCACACAAUACUGGCAUUAAUGUGGAUGAUGUGAGGUGUGCAGAGAACGUGAGCUCAGGCCAAAGUUUUGUUUGUGCAGAGAGCCUUCCUGUCCCAUCAGGUUCCUCUGUUCUCUCUGCAGCAACCGCACCAGCACCUGACACAUGGACGCCCUUUCCCACAGCAACGGACAUCGCCAUCAUCGCAGCUGUGAUCACCGCUGUGGCCCUCGUCCUGCUUUGCCUUCUCCUCGUCAUGCUCCGAUACCUGUUCCGGCACAAGGGUACAUAUCACACCAACGAGGCCAAGGGCACAGAGUUUGCUGAGAGCGCUGACGUGGCCCUGCAGAGUGACCCUGCUCUCCAGGAUGCUGGUGACAACAGCAAAAAGGAGUACUUCAUCUGACGGAUGCCAGACCUCACCUCCCCAAAGGCCUCCUCUAAGUGCAGGAUAGAAAACACGCCUCUCACCAUCAGUGGCCCCACCAGGCAGACCUCAAGGGCACAGGCUCUUCCUGAGAUUUGCACCUGAGAACACGGGGUGCCUGCCUAGGGAGGGAAGAAGGAGGCCCAAGCUGCAAGACACCUCUCCAGGGAUGCAGUGGCCACCCGGGAGGCAAGGCUUUGUUCUUCCAGGAAGAGAGGAAGUCCAGACAUCCAAGUCUCGCAGAGCAUUGCAGGAUGUCGUCUCCUGGGUGUGAAUGGGGUGGGCAUGCGAGCAAGCCUGACAGUGACACACUGACUGAGGAUAGUGGCAUCAAAUGUCAGUCCUUGACAUUUGGGAGUAACAGCAGGUGCCUGCACUAAAAGGCACCUUUGUUUCCCAUUGAUCCCGCUCAAAAAAGAUUGGAAAUAAAUUUGAAGUGUAACCAAGCA